AUGGAAGAACAACAGCAUGCACGAACAGAAAAACACAAAAGGGCAAUUAUCAAAGCCGGAAAGCACGCAUUUUCCGGCGAGUUUAGAUUUUGGGUCCUAACUACCACGGCACGAUCCUCUCCCCGCCUGUUUCGUCCUCAACCCCCCACUUCGCUUUCUCUGCGGAUCCAAGUUCCCAACGACCAGUUUCCGGCAUGCCAUCCUCCAGCAGAGGAAGUUGUAGAAACAAUAGAAAGGAAAUGGGAGAAGUGUGUGUGGCUUCAGAAAGAGGAAAAGUUUUGGGUUAUAUUACGGGAAGAGCCACUGAAGAGGAGAGAGUGA